GGAUUGGUUCCACCGCGCUCUUUAGGGCGGGGAUUUGCAAAUCUGGGAGGGAGCCCGCCGUGGCCCGACCGAGCCCUUGAGGAGGAGGAGCAGCAGCAGCAGCAACAGCAGGGAGGCUGGCGAAGGGGCGUUCGUGGCCGGAUAGGUGAGCGCGCGCGCCUCCGUUUGCGCGCGCCUCCUCCCCAGCGGGUCGCCGGCAGCCGCUGCAGAGAGAGAGAAAGAGGGAGAAGUGCGGGAAGUCCACGGCUUUGGGAAACCGCAGCGUGCCGGGUUUAAUCGCUGGACUUCCCCGCGCCCUCCCCCUUCUCCCCGCUCGGCCCGGCGUGGAUCUCGCGGCCGGCUUUUAGUCUCGAGCUGCCCAAGUCCCCCGGCUUUGGUGCGGGCUCGCGAGGGCGGGCAGCCAUGUGGCACCGGGAUCCCUCCUCGUGCCGGUGCCGCCGCCGCCGCCACCGCCGCUGCUGCCUGCUCCGGCUGUGAAGAGUCCGGGGCGGAGAGACAAAAGGCGGGCGCUGCGCGUCUGAAUGACCGCGCGGGUGGCCGCUUGGCCGGAGAGGAGCGAGGGCAAGCGCCGGAGGAAGAGGCCGAGGGGAUGGCAGCCGUGGCAGAGGAGGCGUGACGGACUGCAGCCCCUCAGCCUGGUGUGGAAUAAGAAUCGCCCGCUUGGCGACAGACACAUGGUCGCUCGCUGAAGGCGCCCUGCUCGGGACCGGACGCUUCCGAGCCUCGCCGCAAUGGAGCACUUCGCCGAGGGUGCACGAGUUUGGUUGCGAGAAAAUGGCCAACAUUAUCCAAGUACUGUACUUUCUUGCGCAGAGGGAGUUGUAGUGUUCAGGACGGACUAUGGUCAGGUAUACACUUACAAACAAAGGUCAAUUACACACCAAAAAGUAACAGCUAUGCAGACUGCAGGCAAAGAAGGUUUAGAAGACAUGGCAGCACUGAUAGACCUCCAUGAGGGCGCCAUAAUGCAUAACCUAUUCCUGCGAUAUCAGCAAAACAAAAUUUAUACUUACAUUGGUUCUAUUGUUGCCUCAGUUAACCCUUAUAAAACCAUUCCGGGCCUGUAUGACCGCACCACAGUGGAGCGAUAUAGUCGGCAUCACUUAGGAGAAAUUUCACCUCAUAUUUUCGCUGUUGCCAAUGAGUGCUACCGCUGCCUAUGGAAACGUCAUGACAACCAAUGCGUUCUCAUCAGUGGAGAAAGUGGUGCGGGUAAAACAGAGAGCACAAAACUGAUUCUCAAGUUUUUGUCAGCUGUGAGCCAACAUUCACUGGAGCUAUCUCAUAAAGAGAAGACAUCUAGUGUUGAACAAGCCAUUUUGGAGAGCAGCCCAAUAAUGGAAGCUUUUGGCAAUGCAAAAACUGUUUACAACAACAACUCAAGUCGCUUCGGGAAGUUCAUUCAGCUUAACUUCUGUCAGAAAGGCAACAUUCAGGGAGGAAAAAUUGUAGAUUAUUUAUUAGAAAAAAAUCGAGUAGUAAGGCAAAAUCCAGGAGAGAGAAAUUAUCACAUAUUCUAUGCCCUGCUGGCAGGGAUCGAGGAAGAAAAGAAAGAUGCAUUUUACCUAUCUGUACCAGAGAACUAUCACUACCUGAACCAGUCUGGAUGUGUAGCGGACAAGACAAUCAAUGACAAAGAAUCAUUCAAAGAAGUCAUUAUGGCAAUGGAAGUGAUGCAGUUUACCACUGAAGAAGUGCGAGAUGUUCUCCGGCUGCUUGCUGGCAUUUUGCACCUUGGCAACAUUGAAUUUAUUACUGCUGGAGGAGCACAGGUGUCCUUCAAAACAGCUCUGGGUAGAUCCGCAGAGUUACUUGGGCUGGACUCAACGCAAUUAACUGAAGCAUUGACACAGAGGUCAAUGAUACUCAGGGGAGAAGAAAUUUUAACACCUCUCAGUGUACAACAGGCAAUAGAUAGCAGAGAUUCAGUAGCUAUGGCACUUUAUUCCCAAUGUUUUACCUGGAUUAUUAAAAAAAUAAACAGCCGAAUAAAAGGCAAAGAUGACUUCAAGUCCAUUGGAAUUUUAGACAUCUUUGGGUUUGAGAAUUUUGAGGUUAAUCGUUUUGAGCAGUUCAAUAUUAACUAUGCAAAUGAAAAACUUCAGGAAUAUUUCAACAAGCACAUUUUUUCCUUGGAGCAGUUGGAGUACAGCAGAGAAGGACUUCUGUGGGAAGACAUCGAUUGGAUAGAUAAUGGGGAGUGUUUAGAUCUUAUUGAAAAGAAACUUGGUUUAUUAGCACUUAUCAAUGAAGAAAGCCAUUUCCCUCAAGCUACUGACAGCACCCUGUUGGCAAAGUUACACAUUCAGCAUGCUAACAAUCCUUUUUAUGUGAAACCAAGAGUUGCUGUCCACAACUUUGGAGUGAAACACUACGCUGGGGAGGUCCAGUAUGAUGUCAGAGGAAUCUUGGAGAAAAACAGGGACACUUUCAGAGACGACCUCCUGAACCUCUUACGGGAAAGCAGCCUCGAUUUCAUAUAUGACCUCUUUGAACACAUUUCAAGCCGCAGCAGUCAAGACACUUUGAAAUGUGGGAGCAAACAUCGGAGACCCACAGUCAGCCUACAGUUCAAGGAUUCACUGCAUUCCUUAAUGGCAACACUAAGCACCUCUAACCCUUUCUUUGUUCGCUGUAUCAAGCCAAAUAUGCAGAAGAUGCCCGACCAGUUUGAUCAAAAUGUGGUGCUGAACCAGCUGCGUUACUCUGGUAUGCUUGAGACAGUGCGAAUACGAAGGGCUGGUUUUCCAGUGCGGAGGCCAUUCCAAGAUUUCCAUAAAAGAUACAGAGUCCUGAUGAGAAACCUAACCCUCCCUGAAGAUAUAAAAGGAAAAUGUUCUGCCCUCCUUCAAUUGUAUGACAGCACAAACACUGAAUGGCAGCUUGGAAAAUCUAAGGUGUUUAUUCGUGAAUCUUUGGAGCAGCAGCUGGAAAAACAACGAGAGAUAGAAGUUGACAAAGCAGCAAUGAUCAUCCGGGCCUAUGUCUUGGGCUACAUGGCACGAAAACACUACCGAAGGGUGCGUUACUGUGUGGUUGUCAUACAGAAGAACUAUAGAGCUUUCUACCUAAGGAGGAGAUACUUACUCAUGAGGAAAGCAGCCAUCACUUUCCAGAAACAGCUGCGAGGCCAGAUGGCCCGUUGUGUUUACAGGCGGCUACUAGAGGAGAAACAACGGCAAGAAGAGGAGAAGAUGAGGAAGGAGGAGGAAGAAAGAAAGCGACAAGAGGAGGAAGCACAGCGUCUUGCUCAGCAGGCUGAGAAGAAGCGGCAGCAGGAACUGGCAGCUAUUCAGGAAGCUCAAAAGGAAGAAGAGCUAAAGCGACAGCUGGAGAAACAGAAAGAGAACAAGCAGGUAGAAGAAAUCCUGCGCUUGGAAAAAGAGAUUGAAGACUUGCAGCGUAUGAAGGAGCAGCAAGAACUGUCACUGACAGAGGCAUCCUUGCAGAGGCUGCAACAGCUCAGAGACGAGGAGCUGAAACGGCUGGAGGAUGAAGCCUGUCGAGCAGCGCAAGAGUUCUUGGAAUCCCUGAACUUUGAUGAAAUUGACGAAUGUGUCCGAAACAUUGAAAGGACACUCUCCGUUGGCAGCGGUUUCUGUGCUGAACUUGACGAAUUGGCUGGGAACACAGGCAGUGAAAAACCCAAUUUUAACUUCAGCCAGCCAUACCCUGAGGAAGAGGUAGAUGAGGGCUUUGAAGCAGACGAUGAUGCUUUCAAGGAUUCACCUAACCCAAGUGAGCACGGCCAUUCUGAUCAAAGGACAAGUGGUAUUAGGACAAGCGAUGAGUCGUCAGAGGAGGAUCCAUACAUGAAUGAUACAGUAGUGCCAACAAGUCCUGCCACUGGAAACAGUACGCUAAUUCCUUCUAGCCAUGAUUCCCUCAGUCUCCACAACUCUUCAAGUGGUGAAUCCACCUAUUGCAUGCCAGAAAACAUUUCAUGCAGGCCUCCAACUUCCACAGACCUAAUCUCUCCUGAUGGGGACUAUGAUUAUGACCAAGAUGACUAUGAAGAUGGUGCUAUCACUUCCGGAAGCAGCGUGACUUUUUCUAAUUCUCACAGUAGUCAAUGGUCACCUGACUACCGUUGCUCUGUGGGAACGUACAACAGUUCUGGAGCGUACCGAUUUAGUUCUGAGGGAGCUCAGUCUUCUUUUGAAGACAGUGAAGAAGACUUUGACUCAAGGUUUGAUACAGAUGAUGAACUUUCUUGUCGCAGAGAUUCUGUCUACAGCUGUGUCAGCCUGCCCUAUUUUCAUAGCUUUUUGUACAUGAAAGGGGGCUUGAUAAAUACCUGGAAGCGGCGUUGGUGUGUCUUGAAAGAUGAAACCUUCUUAUGGUUCCGUUCAAAGCAGGAAGCACUCAAGCAAGGCUGGCUGCAUAAAAAAGGUGGUGGGUCAUCUACGUUGUCCAGAAGAAACUGGAAGAAACGCUGGUUUGUCCUCAGGCAAUCCAGGCUGAUGUACUUUGAAAAUGAUAGUGAAGAAAAACUCAAAGGGACACUUGAAAUCCGAACAGCCAAAGAUAUCAUUGAUAACACUAGCAAGGAAAACGGGAUUGACAUUGUCAUGGCUGAUAGGACCUAUCAUUUGAUUGCUGAGUCACCAGAGGAUGCAAGUCAGUGGUUCAGCGUCUUGAGUCAAGUUCAUGCUUCUACAGAACAGGAAAUCAGAGAGAUGCAUGAUGAGCAGGCAAACCCACAGAAUGCUGUGGGCACACUGGAUGUGGGGCUGAUUGAUUCUGUCUGUGCAUCUGACAGUCCAGAUCGACCCAAUUCAUUUGUGAUUAUCACUGCUAACCGUGUUCUUCACUGCAACGCGGACACUCCAGAGGAGAUGCAUCACUGGAUCACCCUUCUGCAGAGAUCAAAAGGGGAUACUCGAGUAGAGGGGCAGGAGUUCAUCGUAAGGGGAUGGCUGCACAAGGAGGUUAAGAACACUCCCAAGAUGACUUUGUUAAAACUGAAGAAGCGCUGGUUUGUCCUGACACACAAUUCCUUGGAUUAUUACAAGAGCUCAGAAAAGAAUGCCCUCAAAUUGGGCACCCUGGUGCUAAACAGCCUGUGCUCUGUCGUACCCCCUGAUGAGAAAAUCUUCAAAGAGACAGGUUACUGGAAUGUAACUGUGUAUGGACGCAAGCACUGUUACCGCCUCUAUACCAAGCUGCUCAAUGAAGCUACCCGCUGGUCAAGUGCCAUCCAGAAUGUAAUAGACACAAAAGCACCCAUUGACACCCCCACCCAGCAGCUUAUUCAAGACAUAAAGGAGAACUGCCUGAACCCUGAAGUUGUUGAACAGAUCUACAAAAGAAACCCUAUUCUUCGUUACACACAACAUCCACUUCAUUCUCCACUAUUGCCACUUCCAUAUGGAGACAUUAACCUGAAUGUGCUAAAAGACAAAGGCUACACGACUCUCCAGGAUGAAGCAAUCAAAAUAUUCAAUUCUCUGCAGCAGUUGGAGUCCGUGUCUGAUCCCAUUCCUAUAAUUCAGGGUAUCCUUCAGACAGGACAUGAUUUACGGCCUCUGCGGGAUGAGUUGUACUGUCAGCUCAUCAAACAAACCAGCAAAGUGCCUAAUCCAGGGAGUGUUGGCAAUUUGUAUAGUUGGCAGAUCCUUACAUGCAUGAGCUGCAUGUUUCUGCCAAGCCGUGGCAUUCUCAAGUACCUGAAGUUCCACUUGAAAAGGGUACAUGACCAGUUUCCAGGCACAGAAAUGGAAAAGUAUGCCCUUUUCAUUUAUGAAUCAUUGAAAAAGACCAAAAGCAGAGAGUUUGUGCCAUCACGGGAUGAAAUUGAAGCCUUGAUCAAGAGACAGGAGAUGACAUCUACAGUCUACUGCCAUGGUGGUGGCUCCUGUAAGAUCACCAUUAACUCCCACACAACAGCAGGCGAGGUUGUUGAAAAGUUAAUUCGAGGGCUGGCCAUGGAAGAUAGCAGAAAUAUGUUUGCCCUGUUUGAGUACAAUGGCACUACAGAAAAAGCCAUUGAAAGCAGAACGGUUGUGGCUGAUGUCUUGGCAAAGUUUGAAAAGCUUGGAGCUGCUUCAGAGGGAAAUAACACAACAUGGAAAUUUUACUUCAAGCUCUACUGCUUCCUGGAUACCGAACAUGUGCCAAAAGAUAGUGUGGAAUUUGCAUUCAUGUUUGAGCAGGCACAUGAAGCAGUGAUUCGAGGACAUUAUCCAGCUCCCGAAGAAACCCUCCAGAUCCUGGCUGCCUUGCGGCUCCAGUACCUACAGGGAGAUUACACUUCAUCCAAUAUCACCGUGCCAGAAAUAGAAGAAGUCUAUCCAUUGCAGAGGCUCAGAUCUCGCAUUAUGCAGUCCACUAAAACAUUUACCCCAACAGAGAGGCUAGAGAAGAAGCGGACCAACUUUCUGGAAGGAACUCUCAGGAGGAGUUUCCGCAGUACUUCCAUCAGCAGGCAGAAGAUGGAAGAGGACCAGAUGCUGGAUAUGUGGGUGAAAGAGGAGAUCUCUGCAGCCAGAACCAGUGUGAUUGACAAGUGGAAAAAAAUGCAGGGAAUGGGCCAGGAACAAGCAAUGGCAAAGUACAUGAGCUUGAUUAAAGAGUGGCCUGGCUAUGGGUCAACCCUCUUUGAUGUAGAGUGUAAAGAAGGGGGCUUCCCUCAAGAACUUUGGUUGGGUGUCAGUGCUGAUGCUGUUUCGGUCUACAAGCGUGGAGAAGGCCGGCCGCUGGAAGUGUUUCAGUAUGAACAUAUUCUCUCCUUUGGUGCUCCCCUGGCUAAUGUCUACAAGAUUGUGGUUGAUGAAAGAGAGCUGCUUUUUGCAACCAGUGAGGUGGUUGACAUUGCCAAACUCAUGAAAGCCUAUAUCAGCAUGAUUGUGAAAAAACGUUACAGCACCUCUCGAUCAGUGAGUAGUCAUGGAAGUCAAGGCAGCUCCAGGUGAAGCAAAUAAAUCUGCUGAGGAAACAUAUCACUGCCAACCUAUUGUUUCUCCCAAAACAGUGACCAGAGACAUCUCUCAAGCUACAAAUAAAUUCAUGAUCCUAGGAGAACCUUCAAGCAAUACUUGUUGUGCCACAAGCUUAGCAAUAUAACAUCUCCUUGCUUUGUCCUGUACUAAACUUUAUCAGAUAGCAUCCUUUCAAGCCUUCCAAAGUUGUUACCUCUCAUAACAUACUAUAUGCCUUAACUUUUAAUACACUGCUAUCGAAGCAGGAGAAGUGCCUUAGAAUGUUUUUAAACAAACGUACAUUGAUCUACAGUACAUUGUAUUAUCACAGAACUUUAAUCAACCACUUAGAACAUUAAGGAAGAGCCCAUUCAGCCAUCUUGCACUAACCAAUUGACUGGUUCAUGCAUGAGGUGGGAAAGAAGCACCUUCGUUGGAAUGCUGCAGGCGGCCUUCCUUGUGGACUUUAAUCACAAUGUUGUGUUCUCCUUCCUUGCCCCCAUCUUCCUUUCAUAUGUGUGCAUGCAUAUACGGCCAGGGUCAUCUUUCUCUAACUUUAUUCCAUGUCUCAAAACCUUUUGAAAUUAAAAGGGAAUAAUAAUGUGCAAUGGUGUAAACAGUCUUUAUGUACAUUUUAAUAGUCCAGAGCUAUGGUUGUCUCGAUUGUAGAGUUUCUUUAUAAGCCAGUUUUAUUUACAAAUUUGAGGGGCGGUUUCACAACAAUUUUUUUUGUAUUUUCUUCUAGAAAAGAUCUCUUUUCCACCUUUUGUUACAUAUGUAUGUAACAUGUCUGCAUUUCUGUACCUGCUGUAUUAUAGAUAACACGUUUAGUUGAAAGAAACUGUAUUUAUAGAGUGCCCUUAAUAUGGAAAUGCCAUUAUCAGCACAAUAGUCAAUCAUUUGUCUUCAAUUUAUAAAGUUACGUGGUUUUUAAAAAUAUAUUAAACAUUUCUUUUG